CCCCCCUUCCCAUUUACUCGCCAUCAUUCAGGAGCGCUCUUCUUUUACUGCUCAUUUCUACCUCUCGCAUCUCCGCAGUCUGUCGGAAUUCCCAGCAAGAUAAUUCACAGUAUUUAAAGACAACAUCAGAAAAUAACAAAUAUAUAAAUUAUGUUCGCGCGCAUGUAGAUGUCCUAAUCUUCAGUCAUUUUACGCACAGCCCUGUCAGGGCUCUGGAAGAAGACAGAAGAUUUCGCUCUCCGUCCUUUGUUUUUCGUUUCUUGGAGAUAAAUGUGCAUGCUGAAUGGCCGGUGCACAGCCCGGGGUUCACGCGCUACAGCUCAAGCCGGUGUGCGUACCGGAGAGUCUGAAGAAAGGAAGCAGGUUUAUGAAAUGGGACGAGGAUUCAUCAACAGUGACCCCAGUGACCUUACGUGUGGAUCCGCAGGGCUACUUUCUGUACUGGACUGAUCAGAAUAAGGAAACCGACCUGUUGGACAUCACCUAUAUCAAAGAUGCAAGAACUGGGAAAUGUACUAAAACGCCAAAGACAGUGACUGGGAGAAAACAUGAAGCGGGAGGUCAGGAAGCGAAGCUGCGAGAGUUACUUGAUGUUGGGAACCUGGUGGGACGGAUAGAAAACAAGAUGCUGACGGUGGUCACAGGGCCAGACAUGGUCAACAUUACAUAUCUAAACUUCAUGGCUUUCCAAGAGGAAGUGGCAAAGGAGUGGGCAGAUGAGCUGUUUAGUCUGGCAUCCAACCUGCUGGCUCAGAACAUGAAUCGAGAGUCCAGUCUGGAAAAAGCGUACACAAGGCUUAAGCUGCAGCCAAACCAAGAAGGACGUAUUCCUGUAAAGAACAUAUUCCGCAUGUUUUCGACUGACAGGAAGCGUGUAGAAACAGCACUGGAGAGCUGUAAUCUUCCAUCAGGCAGGAACGAUUCCAUUCCUCUGGAGGACCUAACUCCUGAGAUUUACAAAUCCUUCAUUGCCAAUCUUUGUCCCCGACCUGAAAUCAACCAAAUCUUUGCAGAUCUAGGAGCUAAAGGCAAGAACUAUCUAACCAUGGAGCAGAUGACUGAGUUCAUUAACAACAAGCAGCGGGAUCCUCGUCUGAAUGAAAUCCUAUACCCUCCACUGAAGACAGAACAAACACAGCUCCUCUUGGAGAAAUUUGAGCCCAGUCCAGGCAUGAUACAAAAAGGGCAGAUUUCAGUUGAAGGAUUCUCCAGGUAUUUGAUUAGUGAUGAGAAUGGCGUAAUACCACCUGAGAAAUUGGACCAAAGUGAAGACAUGACCUUCUCUCUUUCACACUACUUCAUCAACUCCUCUCAUAACACCUAUCUCACAGCGGGGCAGCUAGCAGGAAACUCUUCAGUGGAGAUGUACAGGCAGGUGCUGUUGUCAGGCUGUCGUUGUGUGGAACUGGACUGCUGGAAAGGCAGGACAGCUGAGGAGGAACCAGUUAUCACCCAUGGUUUCACCAUGACCUCUGAGAUCUCCUUUAAGGAAGUAAUUGAAGCCAUUGCCGAAUGUGCUUUUAAAACGUCUCCUUUUCCCAUCAUCCUGUCCUUUGAGAAUCAUGUGGACUCUCCAAAACAACAAGCCAAGAUGGCAGAAUAUUGCAGAUCAAUUUUUGGAGAUGCCCUUUUAACCGAGCCACUUGAGAAAUAUCCACUUGAUUCAGGGGUUCCACUGCCCAGUCCACACGAACUCAUGGGAAAGAUCCUCAUUAAAAACAAAAAGUCUCACCCCAAACCACCUGAUGGGAGCACAAAGAAAAAGCUGUCUGAGCAAGCUUCGAACACCAACAGUGACUCCUCAAGUGUGUUUGAGCCAUCCUCACCCAGCGCAGGGCCCGCAGCUUCAGCAGAGGUGGAGGCAGAUGAUGACGAAGAUGAUGACGAUGACGAUGAUGACUGUAAGAAGUCAAUGGAUGAGGGCACAGCUGGAUGUGAGGCUUUCGCAACUGAAGAAAUGUCCACUCUAGUUAAUUACAUCCAACCCACUAAGUUCCACUCCUUUGAGACUUCAAAAAAGGUCAACCGCAGUUAUCAGAUGUCAUCGUUUGUGGAGACAAAGGCCUUGGAGCAGCUCACUAAGACUCCUGUGGAGUUUGUGGAAUACAACAAGCUUCAGCUCAGUAGAAUCUAUCCUAAGGGCACCCGAGUCGACUCCUCCAACUAUAUGCCUCAAGUGUUCUGGAAUGCAGGCUGCCAGCUGGUGGCACUAAACUUCCAGACAAUAGAUCUAUCCAUGCAGCUGAACUUGGGCAUGUUUGAGUAUAAUGGGAAGAGUGGCUACAGGCUUAAGCCUGAGUUCAUGAGGCGACCAGAUAAGAACUUUGACCCCUUCACAGAAAGCACUGUGGAUGGCAUUGUAGCCAAUACUUUAUCAAUAAAGAUCAUAUCAGGACAGUUCCUUACUGACAAAAAAGUGGGGGUGUAUGUGGAAAUUGACAUGUUUGGGCUCCCAGUUGACACAAGAAGGAAAGCAUUCAAAACAAAGACAUCCCAGAACAACGCUGUGAACCCUGUGUGGGAUGAAGAGCCGAUCGUCUUUAAAAAGGUGGUUCUUCCUACUCUUGCCUCAAUGAGAAUAGCUGUAUUUGAGGAAGGUGGAAAGUUCAUAGGCCAUCGGUUAAUACCAGUAUCAGCCAUUCGACCAGGUUACCGGUAUAUUGGACUGAGGAAUGAGAAAAACCAAUCGCUCACACUUCCUGCUAUAUUCGUGUAUAUUGAAGUGAAAGAUUAUGUGCCAGACACCUUUGCAGAUGUCAUAGAGGCCCUGUCUAACCCCAUUAGAUAUGUCAACUUAAUGGAGCAGAGAUCCAAGCAGCUGGCUGCUCUGACAUUAGAAGAAGGCGAGGAGGAGAAAGAUGCCAAAGAGACUGAGUCAGGUGUUGAGCAGGCGUCAGAAGCAAAGAGUGAGCCCAAACCUGCACCCGUGGAGAACGGUCUGAGUCACACUCUGAGUGUGACGCCGAAACCAGCGUCACAGCUCAAUACACAACCACAGUCUACUGGGUCAGCUAAAUCUGCAGCAAAGACUGAAGACCUUAUACACAGUGUUCUCACUGAGAUGGAGGCUCAGACAUUAGAGGAGCUGAAGCAACAGAAGGUGUUUGUCAGGGAGCAGAGAAGACACUAUAAAGAAAUGAAGGAGCUUGUAAAGAAACAUCACAAAAAAACCACAGAACUGAUCAAGGAACAUACAGCCAAAUAUAACGAAUUCCAGCAUGACUACCUCCGCAGAAGAGCUGUGCUGCAGAAGUCUGCAAAACGAGAUGGUAAGAAGAGGUGUCUGUCCUCCAGUCCGGAGCAUGGUGCCUCGUUUUUUGAGCAGGAGCUGGCAACACUGGAUCAGGAGAGUGGACAAAAACUGGCUGAGCUCAAAGAACAGCAGCAGCAGCAGCUCCUGAACCUGCGUCAGGAACAGUAUUACAGUGAGAAGUACCUGAAAAAAGAACACAUCAAGCAGCUAAUGGAGAAACUAACGAUGCUAGCUGAGGAGAGUCAAAGCAGCCAAAUGAAGAAACUGAAAGACUUGUGUGAAAAAGAAAAGAAAGAGCUGAAGAAGAGAAUGGACAAAAAAAGGCAGGAGAAGUUGAAUGAAGCCAAAUCGAAAGAGAAACACUUGACAGAGGAGGAAAAGCUAGAGAUCAACAGGUCGUAUGUUAAUGAAGUGGUACAACACAUUAAAAGGUUGGAAGAUGCUCAAACCAAAAGACAUGAAAAGCUUGCAGAGACCCAUAAGAACAUUCUGCAACAGAUUGUUGAAGAAAAACCUAAGCUUCAGAAUGAACUGGAUCAGGAGUAUCAGGACAAGUUUCGUCGGCUGCCAGUGGAGAUUCAGGAGUUUGUGCAGGAGACAACAAAGCGAAAGACUGACUCGACCGAUCAGGAGUCCCUGACUUCUUCCAGCACCCUGGAAAAACUCAGCCAUAAGGGGGCACAGUCUGAGGACGAUAUGGAGGAUGACAGGAAAGACUAAUGAUGUGAAGCAUUAAGAAUUUCACAAUGCUACAGCCACUCUUCCUAAUUCAUUUUGUCAUUGGUUGUUUUUUUUUUUGUUUUUUUUUUUUUGGGGGGGGCAGGAAGAGAAGAGAUUUGACAUUUUAGUCACUAAUGCGUUUUUGGAGAAUGUCUGUGGGUGGAGGGCAAAAGGAUAACACGCAAGAAAUCACUUAGAGUGCUUGAACCACAUGAACCUAUUAUUUAUGAUGUGCACAAUUUACUAAAAUCAUAUUACAUAUGGGUAAUAAUCACAUUUUUGUGUCAAAUUAAUUUGACAUGAGAUUCACUUUUGUUGUAGUUAAUAUGGUGUGUUUUACAUAAUCCUAAUCACACUUUCAUGGCCAGUAUGUAAGUGGUUUUAAAGGAGCUCUGUAUGAGUGUGGACAUGGAGAGCAGGUACCACAGACAUUACUGUAGCUCUAAUUUCUCUUUCAGAUGUGUUUUGAAGUGGCCAUUUUACUGUACCUGCAGUUUAUUUACAAUAGUUUUUUUUGCAAGCACAGGUGGCUUGCACAUGUGAACUAUUACUUUUUGUUGUUGUUCAGUUUGCUGCUGAAUUUUUUGUUUUAUUUCAUCUAAACUGAUUAAAUAAAACAGUUUGUGCUAAGCAGAUCCGCUUGGACAGUAACAGUUUUUCAGAAAUGCAUGAAUAGGGUGCAUUGAUCAUUUAGUGCGAUUUUUUAAGUGCAGCUGUGUAGCUUGUUAGACCAUCUACAAACAUACAUGUUUCUAGUUUUUUUUUUUUUUUUACAUAGAUAGUACAUAGGACAAAAAGUCUCUCAACAAAUAGAUUUAACAAUGUUAUUAACAAUUAUUUUUCGUUCAGUUUAUUAAGAACAAUUAUUUUGCAUUCUUUUUCUAUUUCAUUAUAGUAUGCUUAAAUAUUAUACUCUUUUUUUGCCGGUUAUAUAUAUAUAUUAAAGUAGAAUAACCUAUUUACUGAAUUAAUGAAGUGAAGAUGUUGAUAUCUUAAUGCAGAAGGGUGUAAAUAAUAUCAGAUAUAUGGAAAUGCACUUUGGAUUUCAUGAGGUAUUGGUAUUAUUAUGCAAUCUUUUUACUUGAGUGAGAUUCUUCUUUCAGUGUGUUUCCAUUUCAAUGGUUCGGUGUAGGAUUUGAAGCAUGGGGUCAGUGAUGCCAAGUGAAGUAUCGUGAUGAUUCUUUUCCUAGAAUAUGCUUCCCCAUACUUCCCCUGGUGGUUUCUCAGUGUUCAGCUCUGAUUAAAGCACGUCUAUCACUUUCACUCACUAUAUAUAGGUUUUGUAACAUAUAGGAUAGAUCUAGGUUUUAUUCAUGUAACUGUUCAUGGUAAUUAUAUUCAUGCUUUGUAUUUGUUGCAAUACAUGAUUGCUAUGGACAACUAAAAUAAAGUGCCAAACAAAUGCCCACUACUGAGAGGUCAAACUUGAUCUCUCGAAACAUGAAACUGAAGAGAACUCCAUCCAAAUAAUUUCUUAUCUGAUGCCUAUACAUAAUGUAUAGGACAGUCUAGUUUAAUUUUAUUAGAUGCUACACAAUAUUAAAGCCAUGGUAAAGUCCAUGUUUAUAUUGCGAGAUCUAUAAAUGCUAUCAAACAAGUAUUAAAAUUAGAUUUUGACACUCACUAUCUGUAAAUAAUAUUCUGUGGGAUUACACAUAAGAGCUAAUUAACUGAAUUACAUUGUACAAUUUUUUUUUCUUUUUAGAUGACGACUCUGUGCUGUUGUUUUCUUUUGACCAAACUCUUUUUUGCGAUGUAAAAUUACUUGAAAUACUUUUAUGACCGGACUCAUUUUUGAUCGUUUUGAAGUGACGUUCUGUGCCUUUGAAUGUUCUCUGUGUUAGAUGUGGAAUGUAAAAACAAAGUGUUGAUGUAUAGAGCUCUUCUUUUUUGUAUAAACUGUGCACGCACUUUUAAACUGUUUAUACUAAAGAUUUUCUUUGAAAUUGUUUAAAUGUCAUACUAUUGACAGUGUAUGCUAUCGAGUGCCACUUUACUUAUUUCAGACAUUCAUUCCAUUCAACAAAACAGACAUUAGAGUUUAGGAAAAAGAAAUAUCUACAAUCAUUUGAAUUCAUGAAACUGUAUUAUUGGUACAACAGUAUCUGCAUCUUUAAAAGAUGGGUAAUGUUGAAUGUAAGUUGUGUUUGUGCUGUGCAAUGGUUUUAAUAAAACAUUUUUGUGAAAUGUG